CUCUAAUGAGUAGGACAUUGCAACACUGGUAUGGAAAGGUAAGAUGUCCAAAUACCAAAGUAUAUUGAGAUUAGUUAAAAGCAUCGACCUCUCUUGCAACAUGUUGAUGGGAGAAAUUCCAAGUGAAUUGAUGGAUCUUGUUGAAUUGGUUGCCUUAAACAUUUCAAGAAACAUGCUCAGUGGACAAAUCCCUGCCACCAUUGGACAACUGAAGUCAUUGGACUUUCUUGAUUUGUCAAGGAACCACUUAUCCGGACACAUUCCUUCAGAACUUUCACAAGUGGAUCGUCUUGGUGUGAUGGAUUUAUCACACAACAAUUUGUCCGGAGAAAUUCCUCAUGGCACUCAACUUCAAAGCUUUGAUCCCUCUGCUUAUGAGGGAAAUGCUCAUCUAUGUGGUGCUCCCCUUCCAAAAUGUCCCACAAGCCCAACACAAGAUCAUCCAAAUGAUGAGAAUUCUAAAGAAGAUGAACAAAUUUUCGGUCGAGGUUUCUUUAUAAGCUCGUCCAUCGGAUUUGGAACAGGAUUUUGGGGAAUUUGCAGCUUAAUAUUUCUUAACAAAUCCUUCAGAUAUGCCUAUUUUAGGUUAAUGAGUGGCAUACAUGACAAAGUGUACGUGAUCGUUGCUAUAAAUGUGGCCAGACUGCGCAGGGAUACAUUCACAAAAAUUGCAAGUAAUGUAACAAGGAGGAAAAUUGCUAAGAAACUUGAUCCCAGAAUCCUAACCCGACUUUGGCCGAAAAAGAAAGAAUCCUACCCGACCCAGUUUGCCAUUUUCAUUCGGGUCAAAGCGUCACCCGUCGCGCUCCCUUUGAACAUGAGAGAGCAAAUGUCGAUGCAGGGCCAAACCAAUGACACAGUGAUCGAGUACGACGCAAAUUAG